AUGCGCACGCGGGCUGGUCUUUGCUCAUCACGAUGGCAGGCAGGCAGCUCGGCCGAGCAACGCACCAAGCCUCCUCCUCCCCUACUGUCGGCGGUGCUUACACUGCUUGACUUCCGCCUGCUGCACUCGAUGGUGAGGGGGCCCACAAGCUAUUACGGGCUUCCCAGCUUUCAACCUCACACUCGCCGCAAAGUGCUGUGGCUCGGCAUCCGUAUCAACCUGUCUUUACGGGAACUCCGCGGUCCUGACGGCGUUGCGAUUUUCUUGGCUGCCUUUGCGCAGCCAUAUAAGCGUAAUGUCGCUCAUCCUGCCCUGCUCAUGACACCAUGUGCUUGGUAG